CAGCGCACCAGUCACGUGUGCAGCGUGUGUGAUGAGUUUACGCUGCAGGAGUGGGUGAACGGCGGGAGCUGCGGCCAUAGCUACAGGAGAACGGUGGUGCACCAUACCAUCUUUGGUGGAACAGUAUGAAUCCCAAAAUGUCCAGUAAGAGAAAGAUUGAUGCAGAAGGAAGGCAAUUUAAUGAUAGAUGGGAAAGCGAAUACAUGUUUGUGUUUCAAGGGGAAAACCCAGUAUGUCUUUUGUGUUAUGAAACGAUAUCGGUGAUAAAGGAGUACAAUGUACGUCGGCAUUUUGAGACCAAACAUGGAACUAAAUAUGCUAAAUUUAGCCUCCAAGAAAAACAACAAUUGGUGCAAGAAUUAAAAGGCAGACUGCAGUCGCAGCAGAAUGUGCUCACCAGAACUAUAGCCAAAAAUGAUGCAGCAGUGAAAGCUAGCUUUAUUGUGGCUGAAGAAAUUGCUCGAGCUUCGAAGUGUUUUUCAGAGGGUGCAUUUUUCAAGCAGCGCAUGCUAAAGGUGUGUGAGCAGGUGUGCCCCGAUCAAAUACAGACUUUUAAAAAUGUCAGUUUGUCUAGAAACACCAUCGCAAACCGUGUUAAGGAACUAGCAGGAAAUCUGACAACACAGCUGGUCGAAGAGGCGCGCAGUUAUCUGGCUUUUUCAUUAGCUGUGGAUGAGAGCACAGACAACACGGAUACAUCACAUCUAUCCAUUUUUAUAAGAGGUGUGAAGGCGGACUUCUCUGUCACCGAGGAGCUCUUGGAUGUAAUUACCAUGCACGGGACAACAACAGGGAAGGACAUUUUUGAUGCGGUGGAAAAGUCCAUAAGCAACCAUAAGUUACCCUGGGAAAAGCUGGUGGGGCUAACUACCAAUGGUGCACCUGCCAUGUGUGGAGAAAAAACAGGCUUGGUUGGACUAAUGAAGGAGAAAUUGCAAAAAAGUAACUGUGACACACCUCUGAUCAUGUAUCAUUGCAUUAUCCAUCCAGAAGCUCUGUGUGGAAAGGUUUUGGAACUGGAUAAUAUUAUGACCACAGUCAUGAAAACAGUGAACUUUAUUCGGGCGCGGAGCUUGAAUCAUGGCCAGUUCGAAGUGUUGCUGCAGGAAAUGGACUCAGAGCGUGAAGACGUGCCAUACCAUACAGAAGUCAGGUGGCUGAGCAGGAGCGCAGUCCUGAAACGAUUUUUUGAGCUUAGGGAAGAAAUUGCACUUUUCAUGCAAAGUAAAGGAAAACCCUUGCCUGAACUGUCAGAUCCAAACUGGAUGUGCGAUUUCGCUAUGUUAUGUGACAUAACCGAGCAUCUUGCUCAACUGAAUCAGAAGCUGCAGGGACGCAAACAAGUCAUCACGCAGAUGUCCGAUGCAAUCACAGCUUUCCAGCGUAAACUGCACCUAUGGAAGUCCCAGGUGGACAAGGACAAUCUUGCCCACUUUCCUGUUUGUCAGAGCAUCUCAGCCUCAGUUCCCGGUGCUUUUUCAUGCACUCCCUUGGCUACCAAAUUGAGCCGGUUAAUUGAUGAAUUUGAUCAGCGCUUCUCAGACUUCAGAAGACAGCGCUCAAACUUUGCCAUCUUUGCCAAUCCUUUCACCAUUGAUGUCGACAGUGCACCCCAUAACCUUCAGUUGGAGUUAAUUGAUAUUCAAAGUGAUAGUUGCCUGAGAGCAAAGUUUGAGGAUGUUAAAAUUGAGGACUUUUACUGUCUGCUGCCUCCCGCUUUGAUGCCACAGCUCCGACUUCACGCUGCCCGUAUUCUGUCACUGUUUGGGAGCACCUAUCUGUGCGAACACACAUUUUCAAUAAUGAAUCUAAACAAGACUAAGCACAGGUCACGCAUCACUGAUGACAACCUCCACGCUGUUUUACGAAUUGCUACAGCACAAGGCCUGAAACCAGACAUAGACACACUGACCUCGAGAAAACGGUGUCAGACAUCCAGAAAACAAAAUAGGCAACCUUGAGGCUGAUGUGGCCCCCACUGAAAAUGAGGUUGACAUCCUGUUCUACACUGUUGGCACUUUGAUCAUGGACUUCCAGCCUCCAGGAAUGUGAGAAAAUAAAUUCUGUUGUGUAAGUUAUCCAGUCUGGUAUUUUGUUAUGGCAGCCUCAGGAGACAAAUAUAAUGUUCACUUCCAUUGUCUAUUUUUUAAUUGUUCUACAAUGUAGAUAUUUUAAAUUUUGAAAAAAGAAAUUUCAUUUUGAAAGAAAUAAUUACAUUUGUAAAACUAGGAAAAAGUUAAAUUUUUAUUGGAGAAAGAAAAAGUACGUAUUUAUAACGUAUUCAGCUUUUGUUCUUGUGCAGUAGGCAGUUAGACAGACAUGAGCAGAGCAAGGAUGGUGAGCCAGGUACAGAAGGUCACCAAGAAGCAAAGCCCCAGGUGCCUUGCAAUGGGCAGAACUGGGAAGACAGGUACCUUGCCGCCAGGGUAACCUCUCCUCCCCUAGCAUAUUGCUGGUCCUGUGGAUUAGACCCCUGACCUUUCAUAUUGCUGGUCUUGCACACAGACCUCCCCUGACCUUUCCUCCCCUGGCAUGUCACUAGUCACUAGUGAUAGAUGCCCUUGGAGGAGAAACAAGAUGCUGAGAGGUGGCCUCAUGCAACUUCCAUUCAGGACCUUGCGGGACCACUCCCUUAAGCAUUAAUCCCCAAAGAUAACAUCUAGGCCUCAGUUGUGUUUCAGCUCCAGGCACAGAAAAGCAGCAAAACCAGACAAGCGAUGCCGUGGCUGACAUCUGGACCAGCUGCACUGACUAAUGAUCCCCCUGCUCUGGUGCCGACCAAUCAGUAGAGACCAUGACCCUAAAAGGACACCUGGAAAGCUGAUGAGUAUUCUAUUGGGAUCCUCCCUAAGACCUCCAGACCGAGGGCCGGUGCUGCUCUAGUUCCCUGGAUCCUUCAGCAUUUUUCCUUCCGCCUGGUCUUCCCCCAGGCAUGUUAGCUUUACCUUUAUGUUUCCUAAACCUCAAGGGCCCUUCUUUUGCCUCUGUAACUUGUUUCCUGAACCUACACCCCAUUGGCUCACUUUUCCUACCUCUGUGACUUUCCAAAUAAACUUUCUCUUAUAGUUUGA